GCGUCUGUAGGGGCGCGUAAUGGCGGCGGGCGGCUGGAGCUGGUUUCGCGCUUUGGCGCUCGGCGUCUCCUUCCUCAAGUGCCUCCUCAUCCCCACGUAUCAUUCCACAGACUUUGAAGUGCACCGGAACUGGCUGGCCAUCACGCACAACUUGCCUCUGUCUCGCUGGUACUAUGAAGCAACUUCGGAAUGGACCCUGGAUUAUCCACCUUUUUUUGCUUGGUUUGAAUAUGCAUUGUCACAUAUUGCCAAGUACUUUGACCCUAAGAUGUUGGUUAUUGAAAAUCUGAAUUACGCCAGUCCUGCAACCGUCUUCUUCCAAAGAUUUUCUGUCAUCUUCACAGAUGUUCUCUUCAUAUAUGCAGUUCGUGAAUGCUGCAGAUGUGUGAAUGGGAAGCGAGCUGCAAAGGAUAUUCUGGAAAAACCAACCUUUAUUCUUGCUGUUCUGCUCUUGUGGAACUUUGGGCUGUUAAUUGUGGAUCAUAUUCAUUUUCAGUACAAUGGCUUUCUGUUUGGCCUGAUGCUUCUCUCUGUUGCCCGACUAUGUCAGAGGAGAUAUCUGGAAGGUGCUCUUCUUUUUGCUGUUCUUCUGCAUUUCAAACACAUCUACUUGUAUGUGGCCCCAGCAUAUGGCAUUUAUUUGCUGCGCUCCUAUUGCUUUACUGCAAGUAAUGCAGAUGGAUCUGUGAAGUGGAGGAGUUUCAGCUUUCUUCGUAUAACCCUUCUGGGAUUGAUUGUCUGUCUUAUUUCUGCCCUUUCAUUGGGCCCCUUCAUAGUAUUGGGCCAACUGCCUCAAGUGAUUUCACGCCUUUUUCCUUUCAAGCGAGGCCUCUGCCAUGCUUAUUGGGCCCCUAACUUCUGGGCUUUGUACAGUGCUGUGGAUAAAGCACUCACAGUUGUUGGCUUGAAGUAUAACUUUCUUGAUCCUACAAAAAUUCCUAAAGCCUCAAUGACAGGAGGACUGGUUCAAGAAUUUCAGCAUACUGUUCUUCCUUCUGUGACUCCACUGGCAACAUUAAUCUGUAGUUUCAUAUCAAUAUUGCCCUCUGUUUUCUGUCUUUGGUUUAAACCUCAAGGGCCCAGAGGCUUUCUUCAGUGCCUUGUUCUUUGUGCAUUGAGCUCCUUCAUGUUUGGCUGGCACGUGCAUGAAAAAGCAAUACUCCUUGCUAUUCUGCCUUUAAGCUUGCUGUCUGUUCAGAGAGCAAAGGAUGCUGGCAUCUACUUGAUUCUCACAACCACAGGGCAUUUCUCACUUUUUCCAUUGCUGUUCACAGCACCAGAACUUCCAAUUAAAAUACUGCUUAUGCUGCUGUUCAGCGUUUAUAGCUUCUCUUCACUGAAAUCGCUGUACAGGAAGGAAAAGCCUCUCCUUAGCUGGCUUGAAACAAUCUACCUCAUCCAUCUGGUGCCUUUGGAAAUCUUCUGUGAAAUUGUAUUUCCUCUGACCCCUUGGAAACUGCGGUUUCCUUUUAUCCCCCUGUUGCUGACCUCUGUUUACUGUGCUCUGGGCAUCACAUACGUGUGGCUGAAACUUUAUGUCUCUGUCUUGUUGGAAAGAACUUCAAUUAGACAGAAGGCUGAGUAACAUCACGUUGGUGGGAGCCAUCCCAACUUAUCCCUUUGAGAUUUAUCAAGCACUGUGAGGGGUUGUCAUAAGGACAUACGCUGUCUUACUGGCUGAAUGUGUAUUGUCUCCAUGAGGGAAGUUUCUUCCACUUCUGUACUGUCCAACUACGAUACCUCUGCUUGGUAACGCUCAUCACAGCGACGUGGCCCAGCGAGAUGCAGCAUAAUGCAAAAAACUCUGUAUUUGUACUGACUGUGAGAGGUCCAGACUUCUGUCCUGAGCAAAACCUGCCUGACUUUCACAUUACUCUUGGUAAUUUGCCAUUCUAUUUUUAUUAAGAUACAAAAGAUCAUUGCUGUAUGGAGGUGAGCAUUGCCACAGUGUACUGCGGAAUGUGUAAAUAAAAGCUUGGUAUUUUUGUUCUGA